AUGCUGUUUCGUUCGUGGUUUUUUAAUGUAUUGUUGUCACAUUCGUUCCAUAUACCAAAUAAAUAUACAGUUUUUCUCCGAAUAGAAGCACUAGCUGAAAUUCAAGGCGCUCCAGAUCUCUACGUCCAUUCAGGGUCGCGUCUUCGACUUGUUUGCACUCUGACAGAUUCCACCGAAACACCGGAAUACGUUUUCUGGUUUCACGAGCAGAGAAUGAUCAAUUACGACCCUGGGGUUUUUGUCAAAGAUGGUAGAAGUUCUAGUGUUAUUCAAGUCCAGGAAGCAGAUAAGAGCCAUAAUGGAAAUUACACAUGUAGCCCUUCUAAUGCUGUUCCAGCGUCUAUUAAUGUACAUGUGCUCAAUGCAACUGCAGAGAUUCAAAGAGAUUCAAAGAGAUUCAAAGAGAUUCAAAGAGAUUCAAAGAGAUUCAAAGAGAUUCAAAGAGAUUCAAAGAUAUUCAAAGAGAUUCAAAGAGAUUCAAAGAGAUUCAAAGAGAUUCUAAGAGAUUCAAAGAGAUUCAAAGAGAUUCAAAGAGAUUCAAAGAGAUUCAAAGAGAUUCAAAGAGAUUCAAAGAGAUUCAAAGAGAUUCAAAGAGAUUCAAAGAGAUUCAAAGAGAUUCAAAGAGAUUCAAAGAGAUUCAAAGAGAUUCAAAGAGAUUUAAAGAGAUUUAAAGAGAUUCAAAGAGAUUCAAAGAGAUUCAAAGAGAUUCAAAGAGAUUCAAAGAGAUUCAAAGAGAUUCAAAGAGAUUCAAAGAGAUUCAAAGAGAUUCAAAGAGAUUCAAAGAGAUUCAAAGAGAUUCAAAGAGAUUCAAAGAGAUUCAAAGAGAUUCAAAGAGAUUCAAAGAGAUUCAAAGAGAUUCAAAGAGAUUCAAAGAGAUUCAAAGAGAUUCAAAGAGAUUCAAAGAGAUUCAAAGAGAUUCAAAGAGAUUCAAAGAGAUUCAAAGAGAUUCAAAGAGAUUCAAAGAGAUUCAAAGAGAUUCAAAGAGAUUCAAAGAGAUUCAAAGAGAUUCAAAGAGAUUCAAAGAGAUUCAAAGAGAUUCAAAGAGAUUCAAAGAGAUUCAAAGAGAUUCAAAGAGAUUCAAAGAGAUUCAAAGAGAUUCAAAGAGAUUCAAAGAGAUUCAAAGAGAUUCAAAGAGAUUCAAAGAGAUUCAAAGAGAUUCAAAGAGAUUCAAAGAGAUUCAAAGAGAUUCAAAGAGAUUCAAAGAGAUUCAAAGAGAUUCAAAGAGAUUCAAAGAGAUUCAAAGAGAUUCAAAGAGAUUCAAAGAGAUUCAAAGAGAUUCAAAGAGAUUCAAAGAGAUUCAAAGAGAUUCAAAGAGAUUCAAAGAGAUUAAAAGAGAUUCAAAGAGAUUCAAAGAGAUUCAAAGAGAUUCAAAGAGAUUCAAAGAGAUUCAAAGAGAUUCAAAGAGAUUCAAAGAGAUUCAAAGAGAUUCAAAGAGAUUCAAAGAGAUUCAAAGAGAUUCAAAGAGAUUCAAAGAGAUUCAAAGAGAUUCAAAGAGAUUCAAAGAGAUUCAAAGAGAUUCAAAGAGAUUCAAAGAGAUUCAAAGAGAUUCAAAGAGAUUCAAAGAGAUUCAAAGAGAUUCAAAGAGAUUCAAAGAGAUUCAAAGAGAUUCAAAGAGAUUCAAAGAGAUUCAAAGAGAUUCAAAGAGAUUCAAAGAUAUUCAAAGAGAUUCAAAGAGAUUCAAAGAGAUUCAAAGAGAUUCAAAGAGAUUCAAAGAGAUUCAAAGAGAUUCAAAGAGAUUCAAAGAGAUUCAAAGAGAUUCAAAGAGAUUCAAAGAUAUUCAAAAAGAUUCAAAGAGAUUCAAAGAGAUUCAAAGAGAUUCAAAGAGAUUCAAAGAGAUUCAAAGAGAUUCAAAGAGAUUCAAAGAGAGUCGAAGAGAUUCAAAGAGAUUUAAAGAGAUUCAAAGAGAUUCAAAGAGAUUCAAAGAGAUUCAAAGAGAUUCAAAGAGAUACAAAGAGAUUCAAAGAGAUUCAAAGAGAUUCAAAGAGAUUCAAAGAGAUUCAAAGAGAUUCAAAGAGAUUCAAAGAGAUUCAAAGAGAUUCAAAGAGAUUUAAAGAGAUUCAAAGAGAUUCAAAGAGAUUAAAAGAGAUUCAAAGAGAUUCAAAGAGAUUCAAAGAGAUUCAAAGAGAUUCAAAGAGAUUCAAAGAGAUUCAAAGAGAUUCAAAGAGAUUUAAAGAGAUUCAAAGAGAUUCAAAGAGAUGCAAGGAGAUUCAAAGAGAUUCAAAGAGAUUCAAAGAGAUUCAAAGAGAUUCAAAGAGAUUCAAAGAGAUUCAAAGAGAUUCAAAGAGAUUCAAAGAGAUUCAAAGAGAUUCAAAGAGAUUAAAAGAGAUUCAAAGAGAUUCAAAGAGAUUCAAAGAGAUUCAAAGAGAUUCAAAGAGAUUCAAAGAGAUUCAAAGAGAUUCAAAGAGAUUCAAAGAGAUUCAAAGAGAUUCAAAGAUAUUCAAAGAGAUUCAAAGAGAUUCAAAGAGAUUCAAAGAGAUUCAAAGAGAUUCAAAGAGAUUCAAAGAGAUUCAAAGAGAUUCAAAGAGAUUCAAAGAGAUUCAAAGAGAUUUAAAGAGAUUCAAAGAGAUUCAAAGAGAUUCAAAGAGAUUCAAAGAGAUUCAAAGAGAUUCAAAGAGAUUCAAAGAGAUUCAAAGAGAUUCAAAGAGAUUCAAAGAGAUUCAAAGAGAUUCAAAGAGAUUCAAAGAGAUUCAAAGAGAUUCAAAGAGAUUCAAAGAGAUUCAAAGAGAUUCAAAGAGAUUUAAAGAGAUUCAAAGAGAUUCAAAGAGAUUCAAAGAGAUUCAAAGAGAUUCAAAGAGAUUCAAAGAGAUUCAAAGAUAUUCAAAGAGAUUCAAAGAGAUUCAAAGAGAUUCAAAGAGAUUCAAAGAGAUUCAAAGAGAUUCAAAGAGAUUCAAAGAGAUUCAAAGAGAUUCAAAGAGAUUCAAAGAGAUUCAAAGAGAUUCAAAGAGAUUCAAAGAGAUUCAAAGAGAUUCAAAGAGAUUCAAAGAGAUUCAAAGAGAUUCAAAGAGAUUCAAAGAGAUUCAAAGAGAUUCAAAGAGAUUCAAAGAGAUUCAAAGAGAUUCAAAGAGAUUCAAAGAGAUUCAAAGAGAUUCAAAGAGAUUCAAAGAGAUUCAAAGAGAUUCAAAGAGAUUCAAAGAGAUUCAAAGAGAUUCAAAGAGAUUCAAAGAGAUUCAAAGAGAUUCAAAGAGAUUCAAAGAGAUUCAAAGAGAUUCAAAGAGAUUCAAAGAGAUUCAAAGAGAUUCAAAGAGAUUCAAAGAGAUUCAAAGAGAUUCAAAGAGAUUCAAAGAGAUUCAAAGAGAUUCAAAGAGAUUCAAAGAGAUUCAAAGAGAUUCAAAGAGAUUCAAAGAGAUUCAAAGAGAUUCAAAGAGAUUCAAAGAGAUUCAAAGAGAUUCAAAAAUAUUCAAAGAGAUUCAAAGAGAUUCAAAGAGAUUCAAAGAGAUUCAAAGAGAUUCAAAGAGAUUCAAAGAGAUUCAAAGAGAUUCAAAGAGAUUCAAAGAGAUUCAAAAAGAUUCAAAGAGAUUCAAAGAGAUUCAAAGAGAUUCAAAGAGAUUCAAAGAGAUUCAAAGAGAUUCAAAGAGAUUCAAAGAGAUUCGAAGAGAUUCGAAGAGAUUCAAAGAGAUUCAAAGAGAUUCAAAGAGAUUCAAAGAGAUUCAAAGAGAUUCAAAGAGAUACAAAGAGAUUAAAAGAGAUUCAAAGAGAUUCAAAGAGAUUCAAAGAGAUUCAAAGAGAUUCAAAGAGAUUCAAAGAGAUUCAAAGAGAUUCAAAGAGAUUCAAAGAGAUUCAAAGAGAUUUAAAGAGAUUCAAAGUGAUUCAAAGAGAUUGAAAGAGAUUCAAAGAGAUUCAAAGAGAUUCAAAGAGAUUCAAAGAGAUUCAAAGAGAUUCAAAGAGAUUUAA